AUGGCAGACGGGCGGGCCGCUGUGGCUGCCACUGCGUGGCGUGUGCCAAAGGACCUCGAACGACAUGCUGAGCGGAUCCUCUCUGCUGCUCAGGCUAAUUGGGGCAGCAUUGAGGUGCUUUCCAAAGCAGAUGGGACAGAUUGGCUGUUCUUUGACCUGAAUCUGUCAUGCAUCAGUACCAUGCCAGAUCCGGCCUUGAUCGCUGAUCCUGAAAAACUUUGGCCACCAGUUCGGGCACAGCAUCAUCUCGAUGAGCGAGAUGAGGGUGCCGAUUGCGCGGUGGCACGGCAGCUUCGGAUGUGCAUGAAGGAGGAACGUUGCAGGCUUGAGAGUUUCAUCCAAGAUCUAUUUGAUGCUCAAAGCCUCAAGCUACGAGAGCUGAUGGCAGCCAUUGAAGGGGGUGUGCGCUACGGCGACCACCCGCCCGGGCGCUCCAAAAACCAGGUGGCACGAGUUCGUGACGUUCCAAGCGCUUCCCAAGCGCGGGAGGGUGGCUUGGGUGACAUAGGCGAGGAGGAACAGCAAAGAAGGCCGAGCAAGGAGCAAGGUGUCGAUGGUGGGGCUGCAGGGAUUUCACAUUCGCUGCAAGUUCCAGAGGUACAAGUCACAGGCACAAAUCCUAUACGCGUGCGGAAGAUCGUCUCCAGCCGCUUUUUUGCAGGCUGCAUUCAAGUGCUGAUCAUAGUGGACCUAUUGCUUUUAGGUUUUGAGGUAGACGCUUGGUCGGUACUUCCUCAGAAUGCUCUCCCUACUUGGUCAUUGUGGGGAAACCUUGUGCUUGUCAUGGCCUUCUGUGUUGAGAUCAUCAUGAGAUUCAUGGCUCACGGAUGGAAGGCCAUGCUUUUUGGCCCGGAGCGAUGGUGGAACAUCAUGGGGCUUUUUGCUGCCCUUCUCUCCUUCAUUGAAGUUUGCUGUCAAGUUGAGUUCCAUCUGCGUCGACAUGCGCAGGGUCACCUCAUGGGCCUCCAGGUUCUUUACUUUUUUCGAUCCUUACGCGUCUUCAGGAGUUUGAGGGUCAUUCAGUUUGUGCACAAAAUUCCUGCCCUGCGGGCGUUGGUGUUGUCAGUUGCAAACAGCGGCCCAGUCUUGCUGUCGUCGCUGGUGCUGCUUCUGCUCGUUUUGUACUCUUUCUCAUUGAUUCUGACGAACAUGGUGGGGGAGUUUUGCAGGGAAAUGACAUACAACUAUGCACACUUCUCCCACGACCAACCUCCUCUCUGCCCUUCUGCACUGCAGACAAAGUUUCAAGGGCUGUUGACAAGUAUGAUGACAUUGUUUGAGAUCGUCACCGGUGGUGUGGAUUGGCAAGAGACCGGCACUGCAUUGCAAUCCGCAUCGGACGUUGCUUUUGCACUACUGAUGUUUUUCAUCCUUGUGGCUGAUUUCGCGAUGAUGAACGUUGCCAUGUUUUGCAAUGUGGCCCUUGAGAGUGCCCAAGCCCACCGAGACAUCGCCUUGGUGAAGCAGAUGCAGAAGCGCCAAGCACUAGUGCAUGCCCUCAAGAAGCUCUUCUCAUGCCACGUCCCAAGCCAGGCUCACAGCAUGGGUUUUGCCGACCUCCAGGAAGCCUUGAUGAAUGAAAAGCUCUCAGCCUGCUUGAGUCGAUGGGGCAUCCCUACCGAUGACUGUCAGGCUCUUUUCAUGGCAAUGGAUUCCGACAGCACGAUUACAAUCGAGGAAUUCGUGGACACUUGCAUGCAACUCGGUGGCCCAGCGCAAAGCCUGCAGCUGGCGAAACUGACCUUGCAGAACCAGUUCAUGUGGCAGGACAUCCAAGAGAUCAAAGGAUUUCUACGCAGGUCGCUGUCCUUGCAGAGUACUCGCAUGAAGAGCGUGCGAGACUCCUGCAGCUUCUUCCACGGGCGGUGCAAGUGCAAGAAGCAGCGCACCCACGAGAAACCAAACCAGUCCCAAAACCAGUCCCAGAUGAGCCUUGCCAACCUCCAGGAUGCCUUGAAGGCUCAGAGCCUGACCGGAGUUGAGUUGAGGAAUCCUAUCGGCUUCGAUCCAUACGCUUCGAUGGCCUCGUGGAUCAAAGAGCAUGGCCUCGAGGAUGGAGAAGCCCGCGAGAAGGCUGGUGGUAUCGAACUCACCAGGUACGGGAGCGCCCGCAAAAGGCUUCUCGCUGCUAGUGGAAAAUGGGUGGCUCCAGAACACAUCGACCGCACGGUGCGCGAGCUCGAGCAGCAGAUCUUCGCUGCGGGCGAGAUCAUUGUGCAGCAAGAUGACCCUGCGAGGCAUUUUUACCUCAUUCAGCGCGGAACAGUGGUGGUGCGCAAGGAUGGCAAGGUGCUCCGCACGCUGGGCAGGUGGGACUACUUUGGCGAACGAGGUCUUUUGCUGAAAGAACCUGGGCUCCCGUGGAGGGGGUGA